AUGUCUUCUUUCUCUUUUAGCUCUCUUGAGAGCCUCUCCCUGGCGGAUAGAGUAUUGUUCAACAAGUUCAGCAAGGGCGUCGAGUGUCCCAUCCCUUACGAUGUCGCACACCACGCGUUCGAGGCGGUUGCGCAGGCGCAUCCCAACCUCACAGCGGUUCGACACUACGACGGAACCACAAUCACAUAUGCCGAGCUCGACCGACGGGCGAAUAUGCUCGCCAAUGAGCUUAUCUCCUCAUAUGGAUUGAGGAUAGGUGAUCGUGUGGUGUUGGUGUACUCGCGUUGUAUCGAGAUGGUUGUGUUCAUCAUGGCUGUUCUCAAGGCUGGUGGACAAUAUGUUCCAUUGGAUGGCGGUAUUGUUACAGAUGACACUUUGGGUUUCGACAUUGCCGACUCUGAAGCUCCUGUUGUUCUGUGUCUUCCCAAGUUCUUCGAAAAGGUGGUUCGAAGUGUUCCCGAUGAUAGACGGAACAUCGUCAAUGUCAUUGACCUUGACUCCACAUCACCUCUCUGGAACAUGGGAAACCCAUCAAAUCCCAUGGUCGAUGUUAACACUGACGACGGCGCAUAUGUCAUCUACACAUCUGGCACUACUGGUCGACCCAAGGGUGUUGAUGUGCGACAUAGAGGUGUCACCAACACCCUCCUGGCAGAGCCUUCUAAGCUGGGCAUUCGACCUGGAAGGAAUGUGGCACAGCAGCUCAACGUUGCUUUUGAUAUGUGUGCGUGGGAGAUUCUCGGUACCAUGAUGAACGGCGGCACCCUCCACAUCCGAGGCAGCGGUCUCCAACCUUGGACAGAAUGUCUUCAACGCUGCGACACCAUCAUCGCUACACCCUCCGUCGUCCUCAAGUACAUGCCAAAUGUCGAAGACUUCCCCAACGUCGACACCAUCGCUGUCGGCGGAGAGCCUUGUCCAUUGGCUCUCGCCGAGAAGUGGGCUCCUCACAUCAACUUCUGGAACGUUUGCGGACCUACAGAGAUCAGCAUGCUCAACACAUGUCAUCUUCACCGACCUGGUAUUCCACUAUCAAUUGGAAAGCCCAACCCCAACACGAAUGUGUACAUCUUGGAUGAUAAUGAGGAUCCUGUUCCUGUUGGUCAGCCUGGUGUUAUGUGGGCGGGGGGUCCUGGUGUAUCGGCUGGUUACAUCAAUCUUCCUGAAUUGACAGCUACACGAUACAAGCUGGACAAGUUUACCGACGAUGGAACCAUGAUGUUCAACACUGGCGAUCUCGCUCAAUGGCUUGAAGACGGCAGCCUCCUGCCCCUCGGCCGCAAAGACGACCAAGUCAAGAUCCAAGGCUUCCGAGUCGAACUCGAUGGCGUCUCCCGAUCCAUCGAGACAACCACCGGCGUCAUCAAAGGCUGUGCUCUCAAGAUCGAAGACGCGCUUUGGGGAUUCUACUCUUCUGAAACUCCCAUAGACGAAGGCCAGCUGAAAACCGCCGUCGGCAAAUCCCAGCCUUUCUACGCCGUCCCCUCAGUCUGGAAGCACCUACCUGUUCUCGAACUCACACCCAACGGAAAGGUUGACAAACGCGCCUUGAUGAAGAUUGCAACUGAGGGCGCUCUGAUGGACACUUUGGGUCUGACUGUGGAGGAGAAGCCCAGACCCCAAACCUUGUGGCCUUCUCAAGAGCGCAUGAUGUCGAUGACAAGUUCAAGCGAUGGAACUAUCGUUGGUACGGAUAACAGUAUCAUGCGAGACUUGGAAAAGGACGACAAGCCUUUGGUGGACGAGUACAACGAAGAAGAAUUUCCUCUUCCUGAGAAGAAUGGUGUUCACGGAUGGCGAUGGCUGCGACAUACUGCCUUUUCAGCAUAUCGCAAACUAUUUGGCUUCAUCUUUUUCACCAACCUAGCAAUCCUCAUCAUUCUACUCGUCAACAGCCGCGAUAACGAUUACUAUCCAAAGCCCACACACGUGGCCACAGCUGUUGCCUCAAAUCUCCUCGCCGCAGUCCUCGUCCGACAAGAGUACGUCGUCAACGCCAUCUUCUUCACCUGUUCCCGCGUCCCGACCUCAUUCCCGCUCUCCAUCCGUCGCCACUUUGCUCGCGUGUAUCACAACGGUGGUGUGCACUCUGGCUGCGCCGUCUCUGCUACAGCUUGGUGGUUCAUGUACACUAUUUCCGUCACGCGCGACUUUUUAUCCGAAAAACACCCUGCUCAGAUCAAGUCAGUCGUUCUCGCUCUGACGUAUAUCAUUCUAGGGUUUCUUUGCUUCAUCCUCGGUAUGGCUUGGCCUUCUAUCCGUAUGAAGAUGCACGAUCAAUUUGAAUGGACGCAUCGGUUUGUCGGGUGGACUUCUGUUGCUCUUGUUUGGGCGCACAUUAUUGUGUCGACUGCAGCUUCGACAACGGGACCGCUUGGCCCAGCUUUGGCCCAAAGUCCGACGAUUUGGCUGCUUUCGCUUAUCACACUUUGCAUCGCUCUUCCUUGGACGAGACUCCGACGCGUCAAGGUUGUUCCUGAGCCGUUGUCCAAGCAUGCUGUUCGUCUUCACUUUGACUUUGACACACCUCCACCUUGUUCCUCUCGAGGUGUUCGAAUUACUGAUCGGCCUUUGGUUGAGUGGCAUGCCUUUGCAGCCAUUCCCGAACCCAGUGGUAAAGGUUUCUCAAUCGUCGUUUCCAAGGCUGGAGAUUGGACGAAGCGCAUCAUCGAGAAACCUCCGACAUCCAUUUGGACACGAGGAACGCCUGCAUCUGGUGUUCUCGCUAUCGCACCUCUAUUCAAGAAGGUUGUUCUCGUGGCCACUGGCUCUGGUAUUGGACCUUGUCUACCAGUCAUCAUGGAGCGACGCGUGCCAUGCAAAGUAGUCUGGUCAACCAAGAACCCCCUCUCGACAUAUGGCCAGGGUAUCCUCGACACAAUUCUGGCUUGUGAUCCUGAUGCUACUAUCUGGGACACCGACGCGAAGGGUAGACCUGAUAUGGUGAAGUUGGCGUACCAGGCCUACAAGGAAAGUGGCGCUGAGUGUGUUUGUAUUAUUUCCAACAGAUCUGUUACAGCCAAAGUGGUGUAUGGGUUGGAGAGUCGAGGUAUCCCGGCGUAUGGUCCUAUUCUUGAUUCCUAA